UAUCACAGCUUCCAGAUAAAGGACUUGAAAAAUAAAACUAAUUUAUUUAAUACCUCAAUUUUAUCACGCUAAAAAAAAAUUAGUCGUGAUAUGAAGGAGAAACCAAUGUAUAUGCACUAACUGUUGAAAGGGGAAAAGAAACACAAACACACUUUUUCUUUUCCUAGCACGUUGGCUGCUGACUGAUGAUGACCAACAGUUCAGCUACUCUUUUAUUCAACCACUGGGUAUAUACAAUUCAUUAUGUCUAACGUACAUCUCAUUUUCUUUACCUAUAUAUAGUACCCGCAGCAUAUUCAUAUUGAAUGGUGUGAUACCUCCAACACUAAGCACAAAUCAAUGAAAGCGUAAUCCAUACAAAAUGCAUUUUUUUGUGGGUAAACUCGAUGAAAGCCAUCAUUAUUGUGUUGCACAGUGAAACCAACAGAAAUGGGUAAUAAAUCAAUCAUGUUGAACUCAGCGUUCAUAUGUAUAAUAUUUUGAGAUAGAUACAUUAAGUGUAAAUUUAAUUGUGAAAAAAAUGUCCACAUCCUUCAUGUAGGAUUCGAACCCAAAAUCUUUUGUUCAGUUUAAUGUUCCUGGAAUACCGGAUUCUUGAAAGGGUUUAGAAAACCGUAUCAAGGACACAACCAGAAUAGGGAAGGGACGUAUGUUCGACCGCAUGCACAAUGCGCUACACAUUUUACGUUUUUCUUUUUUCAAGCAUGUUCAACUACAGUUAUUUGAACAAAGAUUGCCCGGAAGAAAAAAUGGAGCCUCAAAAAAGCAAAAAAACAAAAAUCAGUAAGCCACUGUUGGUGGAUGCUGCUACGUUGGACCAAAUGCGGCUGAGGUUUGACCAAAUCAAGCAGAAAAACGCGUUACCAGAAGGAACGAGCAGCAAAAUACCAAUUGCUAUGGCAAGUAUUGUGCCACCUGGCAUAACCAUAAAAAAGGAGACAGAAAGCACAAGAAGUAUUCCUCCAAUUCAAAUUCCUCCACAAAUGAAUUCUACCUCCAUCAACUCAGAUUUCGAAGGACAAACAUCCCCGCCAUCUAAAAUUCCACGACUGGCAACAUUACUACACUCUAUCGCCCCACUAACUCCACGGCCGGUAACGGUAACCACCAUAGCAGGACAAAUCUCACCACCAACCAAUAUUUUACGACCAGUAACUUCUAAUCACAUCGCUCUACCGAAAACAACUCCGCGGCCGGUGCCAUUGGUGAACACAGAUGACCAUGAUGUUGAAGACCUGACGGCCUUAAUGAUUAAAAUGAGCGUGAUCGGUGAGUAUUUGAUUUAUCUUACAGAAAAAUAAGGUUGCAUUUUGUCC